CUUGAGACUUUCUUUCUCACCCGAGGUUUCGAUCGUGUACGAGGUCUAACAAAGGGACGGAAGGCGCAUUCCACGUACAUUGGUCGCAUUGCAUCUCAUCGUCACAAACCGACGGUAUCCCGUCUCAGCCAAACCCGACUCCACCAGCGCCCAACUCUAACCCACCCCAUUACUACCCAAGGUAUCCGUACCCUGUACGCGAAAUGCAAGAGAAAGUGCUUGUCCACAACGACUCGACUGCUCUGGCGGCGUCGGCUUGUCGCCCAACUGUGGCUAGGCACAAUCAAGUUGCCAGGGAAGGAAAGUCCUUCAGAGGCACUCGGACUCGCUGGACAGGACACAGCUUGCAACCCAGCUGGUCAAGCACCGGUGGACAAUCGCAUUCUAUUGCUUGGGUAUCCGCAACAUAUCCUAUGCGUCACUUGCCCUCGUUCCCGGAUAUCUCAGUCGCUUGAUUUCCAUGUUUCCCAAUACCAAUGUCAGGUAGUCAGGCAUCAGCCAUCUAAUCUCCCUCACAACCGUACUUCUACCCGUCUCAAGACCAAUUCGUGUCCGUCUGUGCCUGUAUCAGUCUCUAGGUGUGGCUGCACUUUGUCCGGCCCUUUUCGCAACAGGACAGACUGAGCGCAGCACUGGACCCUUCUGCAACUUUAUUAGACCCUAAAUACCUGGACCUGGAGCCACCCACCUUGUACGGAUACAGAACAGUCCCGAUACGUCCACCACCUGCCCGUACAUACAUCCGCAUGCCCCCCCGCCGAUUCUAGUAUCCGACACCAUCAAACAUCAACUCUUGCUCACUCUUCCACACCGCAUCCUCACCCUCAGCACGCGCUGGUCCUCCGAUCCUACGUCCUAACAACUCGUCGACUUCCAUUUUCUCUCUGAUGGCAGGGCCAACCUCCCCAGGCGCCGAGGGCCCCACGUUUGCCCCGCCGCAUCUCCCUGCUGGCUGGAUUGCCCAGUGGGAUGGUUCGAGCAAGAAGUACUACUUUGUGCAGCUUUCUACUGGCGUGUCGCAAUGGGAAACCCCGACCGAUGCCGCGCCCACGGGCGCGACGCCUGCCCAACCCUCCGACCAUCCUUACGGCGUUCCGCAGCCUGAGGUCAUCACUCAUCCCGACGGCAGCCAGACGGUGCGCCAUGCCGAUGGCACCCUCGAGCCCGUCAACCCCUCUUUGCCUCCCGAUACUACAAGCACGAGGGGCAUCGACGGCCCAUCGGGUGACCGCGGACUUGGAAGCAUGGCCAUGAACGCGCUUCUCGGAGGCAAGAACUCGAACCACGGCUCCUCUUCAGGUAACCAAAGCAGCUCGAGCCCUCUCGGCGGCCUCGCCAGUCAGUUGAUGAGCGGCAUCGGCGGACACGGCAACAGCCAAGGCGGUAGCAGCAGCGGGGGCAAGACUUCCCUGGGCAAGAUUGGCAGCUCUUUGGCUUCAAGUUUACUCUCGAGUGGAAGCAAGCCGCAACAGGGGCAGCAGCAAAGCUACCAUGGCAACCAGUCUUCGGGCCAUCAGCAGCAAAAUGGAGGUCUUGCCGGAUCUCUCAUGGGAGGCGUCGCCAACAUGUUCGGUAGCGGCAAACAAAAUCAUGGUGGCAACGACUUCGGAUACUCCAACAAUGCUUCUGGGGGCGGUGGUGGUGGUGGCGGCGGCGGCGGCGGCUACACCGGCCAGGCCCCUCCCACCUCAUACCAGCCUCCUGGUUCCUCUUCGCAUAAUCAGCACUCGUCUGCGCCAUCGGGCGGUUCUUACCACUCGCCAGCGCCGAACCAAGGCCAGAACCAUUCCCAGCAAUCAUACCCUCCUCCGCCUAACCAGUACCCCCCUCCGCCAAACCAGGGUCAGCCUCAUCAAAACCCAUCUUACGGCGCGCCGCCCCAACUAUCUCACACUCAAUCAUACCCCCCUCCGCCUGUCGGCGGCCCUCCAUCGUACGGCCAACAGCCCAGCUAUGGUACCCCCUCGAGCCACCAGCACCAGCAACAACAACCGCAGUACGGUGGUUAUAACCCGGCCACAUACAGCAGCGGCGCUUCCCAAGGCCCUCAGACCGGAGGAUACCCUGGCCAAGCGUCCUACGGCAGCAAUCCGUCUCAGCAGACGCCCAGCUAUGGCAACCACUACUGAGUGAUGCUGCGACUAGCAUAGUCAGACAGUGCAACAGAGCCAGGUGAGGCGUGUCCCGAUUUCUGGCGUCUUUCCAGCGCCUGGGCUCUGGCACUUUGCGUGUUCAUACUCCGCUAAUUAGACAUGCUCGAGGAAAAUGCAGGGCAUGUCUGUCGGGAGGGUACUCAGAUUGUAUAUCCUUCUUUUGCAUCCUUGGCUAUUUUCAGGCGGGGAUGCCUGACGUAUUUUGGGCGUCUGUUGUUGCAAGGAAGCAUGGAAUCGUUUGUACGCAGUGGAAUUCCUCUCGUUAGAAGUCCUUUCGUUCCGAGCAAGACAUGAAUGCAUGGAGAUGGCGACGCGAUACGGUAGUUUCGUGUUCACAUCCUCUUCUUCCUUUCAGCCGACUUGCUUUCAGCGGCGAGCACAGGCUGAAUCCAAACAAGAAUGCGUCUAGAUAGAAACCAAGCCAAAAUCGCCACGACGACGACGUAACCGACAGUGGGCAGCAAUGAUCGUGGCAAAGCAUUGAGCAAGAAUGGGUCGAGUAUGAGGUCAACACUAACGGGCUCGACCUGUGUCAUGAGUGUGGCGUUGUCCGUAAAGUAGUCUGCUGCUGCCUGAACCCGGACAAAUAGCAGCGAUGCUUCAUACUCGUGCUUCCUUCGUUGCGACGGCUUGUCACCGUUGCCAGAGUCGACUUGUUCGAACUGGCGCGAAAAUGCGUCGUCUGCCAGCGACGAAAUCAACUCGGGCGUACCCCACACUGUAGGCAGCUCGAAGACGUCGAGAGUGAAGGUCGUGGGCUGCUGCAUAGAAUAAGCAUAGAACGCCAAAUAACGAUGAAUUGGACAUCGUCUUACUGUGGCCGCCCAGCACACUCUCAGUUCAUAACGCUGGCCUUGAGUGAGAUUGGUGAUAAUUAGCCAAGUGGUCGCUCCAAAGGGCGAGUCUCCAGUUGGGAAUGAAGCCUUCAAUUCGAUUCUCUUGUUCCAGUCAUCAGGUGUGAGAACAUCCAGACGAAGGUCCUCAAUUGUUGGCGGUGUAGUCGGGACGUUCACGGUCUCCGGCCCGAGGAAGAUGGUCUUUUCGGUGUUGGCGUGGGCGACGUCGAGGCAGCAAGCCAGAGCGAGGGCGGCGGCGGCGAAUGUAGACCGCAUGUCGGCUGCAGGUUGUUAACGCAACAACCGGACUCUAGAGUUUUCUUGUACAACCCAAGAGGGACCACGUCUGCCUGUGUUAGCGUCGUGACGAGUGGGGAUUGUUGCUGUUAUUAUUGUUGUUGAUGAUGGUGAAGACCAAUCGACCUU